AUGGAUGACGAGAUCACAAGCGACACUCAGGCGCCCAAGAGCCGCUUCAGGCAGGAGGUGCCGCCCGACCUGCGACGAGUGCUCACCCGGAAGGCUCCCAUCUUGAACUUCCUGCAUGUCUCCUUCGCACGACCUCUCUUCUACACCUCCAGGAGGAUACGAAAGAUCAUCUCUUCUCAUGUCAGCAUUCGGGUGCACUUGGCCGUGGCGGUGUCUGAGACGGCCGCCGAGUUGGAGGACGCUCGACGACGGAUCCAGCAGUGCCGGGUCCGCGUGCUGCAGGAGCGGAUGACUGGCCCCUUGCCUAUCUAUUUCCGAUGCGCUUCAUGUGAUUUGCCCCUGCAGCAAGAGACUCUGAUGCGGAAGCUUCAAGUCCUUGCACCAUUUGUUUGCUGGGAGGAAUGCCGAGAGAUGAGCUUUACCUGCCGCACGGAGCACAUCCCCUCGUUGGACCCUUCUUUGCAACCGACCCUGGUGGCCGUCUACGGCUGUCAGCCCUGGACGCUGGAAGGGCUGAACGAGGUCACAUAUAUGGAGAUCACUCUGUCGCAGAUUUGCAGUUUGCCUGCCAAUACAUCAUUCCCAUCAAUUACUGCUGUCAAAGUCUUUGCCAGCGACCCGGCAGCCGCCGCGGAUGGUUCGCUCCUGCGGAUCUCAGGCACUUUCCCCAAGCUUCAGCAGCUGCACUUGCACAUGCGUCCCAACCUGCUACCGUCGAUGUGCCUCUCGAAUUUUGUGGCCAGCGCAGACUUCCGAAUCACCUUUGAAGUGCUCCCAGGAACGCCAUUAGGUGAGGGUGUGGAGGGCAGCUUCUUUACAGCAGCGAACCUGCUGAAGAUGCCCUUCUCCUGCGAAGGAGGCAUGUUCCAGCGUCUGCAAAGGUUGCAGAUGGACCUGCUUCUGCGAACAGGCCUCCAGCCCUUCGCUGGCGUUUUGCGCGCGGCGCCCUGCCUCAAACGCCUGGGCACCAUUUCACUGCCCUUGUUCCGGUUGCUGGAGCCGGCACAGAAGGAUGCCUUCAAAUUGGAGGAGGUGGUGCUCGCCAUGGAGAUUGAGGACUGCUUGAGCCUCUUCAACAUGUUGGUGCCGCUGUCUAUGACUGGGAACCGAUGCACUCUUCGGAGGCUCUCAUUGCACCUUCAGGCUCCGGAUGGCUUGCUGCCACCCAAGGAGGAGGUCGAGGGCUUCCUUUGCUCCGGCUUCUUGUGUUUGUCUGAGUGCCUGGCAGAGCAGAGCUUCAUCCACUUCACACAGAGUCAGGAGCAGCUCGUGGAGACCGUCUUCUUCCAGCUGCCCUUUGCGGCCCCGGAGUUCUUCUCGGCGGACUUCGCCAGCUGCGGACCCCAAGGGCCCACCUCGACGCCCCUCAGCAGGCCUUUGCAGCGCAUGGAUGCGCUCCCUGAGCAGCGGCCCUCCGGCACCCUGAUCUCUGGGCGCCUACGGCCCAGCAUGGCAGAGUUGGCCUCGCAAAGGCCGCAGAGGCACAACCUGCAUGCAGUGCUGCCCGAGGGCAUGCAGCUGAAACUGCUUCAUGUGAUCGAUAGUUUGGGCAGCUGGAAGGAAGAGAUGGGCUUCCGGACCUAG